GCAUGUACUGGAAUAGAAAAUAUUGAUGAAGCUAUCACCUUACUUGAACAAAAUAACUGGGAUUUAGUGGCAGCCAUCAAUGGAGUUAUACCACAGGAAAAUGGCAUUUUAGAAAGUGAAUAUAGUGGAGAAUCUUUACAAAGGCCUGCCUAUGGUCCUGCUAGUCAUCCUUCGUCAUCUUCAGCAUCAUCAUCCUCUUCUGCAUUUCGUCCCGUAGUGCCAUCCCGACAAAUAGUGGAAAGACAACCACGAAUGCUUGACUUCAGAGUGGAAUACAGAGAUCGAAAUGUGGAUGUGGUGCUUGAAGACAGUUCUACAGUUGGAGAGAUCAAACAUAUUUUAGAAAAUGAGCUUCAGAUUCCUGCAUCGAAAAUAUUGCUAAAGGGCUGGAAGACUGGAGAUGUAGAUGAUAGUACUAUUCUAAAAACUCUACACUUGCCCAAAAACAACAACCUGUAUGUCCUAACGCCCGACUUGCCACCACCAUCUUCAUCAAGUUUGCCAGGUGCCCUGCAGGAAUCAUUAAAUCAAAACUUCAUGCUGAUCGUCACCCAUCGAGAAGUCCAGCGGGAGUACAACCUCAACUUCUCAGGAAGCAGUACCAUUCAGGAGGUUAAACGAAACGUGUAUGACCUGACUAGUAUCCCUGUUCGUCAUCAAUAUUGGGAAGGCUGGCCUGCUUCUGCUACAGAUGACUCAAUUACUUUAGCAGCCUCAGGAAUCUCUUAUCCUUGCCAUCGACUUACAGUUGGGAGAAGAUCUUCACCAGCACAAACUAGAGAACAAUCAGAAGAGCAAUGCACAGAUGUACAUAUGGUUAGUGACAGUGAUGGAGAUGACUUUGAAGAUGCUACAGAAUUUGGGGUGGAUGAUGGAGAGAUGUUUGGUAUGGCAUCAUCUGCAUUGAGAAAAUCUCCAAUGAUGCCAGAAAAUGCUGAAAAUGAAGGAGAUGCCUUAUUACAAUUCACAGCAGAAUUUUCUUCAAGAUAUGGUGACUGCCAUCCAGUAUUUUUUAUUGGAUCUUUAGAGGCUGCCUUUCAAGAGGCCUUCUACGGGAAAGCUAGAGAUAGGAAGCUUCUUGCUGUCUACCUCCACCAGGAUGAAAGUGUGCUGACUAAUGUAUUCUGUUCUCAAAUGCUGUGUGCUGAAUCUAUUGUUUCCUACCUGAGUCAGAACUUUAUAACAUGGGCAUGGGAUAUGACAAAAGAAGCAAAUCGAGCAAGGUUUCUAACAAUGUGCACAAGACACUUUGGCAGUGUUGUAGCUCAAACUAUUCGCACUCAGAAGACAGAUCAGUUUCCAUUGUUCCUUAUUAUUAUGGGAAAACGAUCAUCAAAUGAGGUGUUGAAUGUAAUACAAGGAAACACAACAGUGGAUGAGUUAAUGAUGAGGCUGAUGGCUGCAAUGGAGAUCUUCAGUGCACAGCAGCAAGAAGACAUAAAGGAUGAGGAUGAACGCGAGGCCCGAGAAAAUGUGAAGAGAGAACAGGAUGAAGCUUACCGAAUCUCUCUGGAAGCUGACAGAGCAAAAAGGGAAGCGCAAGAAAGAGAAAUUGCAGAGCAGUUUCGCUUGGAACAGAUUAGAAAAGAACAGGAGGAAGAGCGUGAAGCUAUAAGGCUCUCUUUAGAGCAGUCAUUGCCUCCUGAGCCCAAACAGGAGAGUACUGAAUCAGUUAGUAAGCUACGUAUCCGAACACCCAGUGGAGAAUUCUUUGAACGACGUUUCCUGGCCAGUAGCAAGCUGCAGGUCGUCUUUGAUUUUGUAGCUUCCAAGGGUUACCCUUGGGAGGAGUUCAAGCUACUAGGGACUUUUCCCAGGAGAGAUGUAACCCAGCUGGAUCCAAAUAAAUCAUUAUUGGAGUUAAAAUUGUAUCCUCAAGAAACACUUUUUCUAGAAGCAAAAGAAUAGAUGAAGCCAGAUUGCAGGACUAAGUAAUUAUUUGAUAAUGAAUAAGGCACGGCGAACGCUUUAUCCAAAUCACUGUGUCCUAUCAUUUAAAUCAGAUCAAUGUCCCAGCUCUGCCACUUUCAAGAAGCUGGGAAGAAAGAAUAAACAUAGUUCCAUAAAAAUUUCCCAUACAUGAGUAUGUGUUUUCAACCUCAUUUAAAAGAGCAGAGAAAAUACUUUGCUACAAAUACUGAACACUAGAAUCUGUUGCUCACUUACCAUCUGGCUUUUGUUAUAACUAAUACACUGUUAAAAUGUGAGUGAUUGUCCAGUAGAAUUUUUACUCCUCAAUUACCCCUUUUUUCACCAAGAAUUCUUGGACAUUUCUGCCUGUACUUUUGACACUAGAAUACUGUAUAUUUGAUAUCUUGCUAAACCAGUGCUCUCAUAUAUGUGCAUUGUUUUCUGUGUUUGAAAUUCAAUUUUGCCAUCUAAUUUUUUUAAGGCAGAAAAACAAUAAAUGGGACAUUUUCAUCCUUGGAGAUUUAACAGUAUUGUAGUAGUAGAAAGCAGAGGGUGUUUUUUUCCUCUAUACUUUCUGACACUUUCAUAAGAUGUAAGGUUUUGUUUGGAGACGAUAGUUUGACAUAUAUGCAAGAUAUUUAUUUACUGAUUUUUAUUUUUAUUGUGCUUUGAAUCUCAAUCCAGAUUCAGUUUGGGGAGUAUUUUCCAUUACAUUGCAGUGUGUUGAACUGCUGAUGAUAUGAGUAUCUAAAUAAUGUUUUAAAAAAGGAACUGUAGUGAAUGACUAGUACCCAGCUAACAGUUCAGAAAAAACAGGUGUUGGCUAUGAAUGUCCAAAGCAGCACAAAUAGUAAAGUUCUUUGCUCAUCAUUGUAGAAGAAUUACAGGACUCCAUUCCACUCCUCUCCUCUGUUUUGUUUCCUUUGCUUUUUCCCCCAUUCUGACACUGGUUUGUAUUAUUUUCCUUGAAGUUUUAAGCACCUUGUUUGUUUCACCAAACAAUAAAAAUGUAAAAUUACAGUGUA